AGAAUAAUCACACACACCCCCGAUGGUGCCCUCGGGUUCGUGUGUAAGGAGAGGCCAGCUCAGGGCACUGCAGGGUUCGGCUUUGGUUGCCUGGCAGGAUCAGGUUUCAGAACCUGACGUGUGAAUGGGGGAGGGUCACCUUCGGAGAAGCUGCUGCAGGAUUUGGGGAAGCUGGUAUGGCAAUGUGGGAAUGGCUGGAAGGGUGGUAAUUCAGAGGUCUGUGGGGCCAGCCAGCCUGAGUCUGCUCACCUUCAAAGUCUAUGCAUCACCUAGAAAGGAUUCACCUCACAAAACUUCCGUGAAGGUUAAUGAGCUUUCACUCUACUCCGUUCCCGAGAGUCCAUCUAAAUAUGUGGAUGAGCCAAGGACCCAGCUUGAAGAAAGCAUCUCACAUAUCCGACAUUAUUGCGAGCCAUACACAAGUUGGUGUCAGGAAAUGUACUCACAAACUAAACCCAAGAUGCAGAGCUUGGUUCAGUGGGGGUUAGACAGCUAUGAAUAUCUCCAAAAUGCACCUCCUGGAUUUUUUCCAAGACUUGGUGUUAUUGGUUUUGCUGGCGUUCUUGGACUUCUUUUGGCUAGAGGUUCAAAAAUAAAGAAGUUGGUGUAUCCCCCUGGGUUCAUGGGAUUAGCUGCCUCUCUUUAUUAUCCACAACAAGCCAUCGUGUUUGUCCAGGUCAGUGGGGAGAAAUUAUAUGACUGGGGUUUACGAGGAUACAUAGUCGUAGAAGAUUUGUGGAAGGAGAACUUUCAAAAGCCAGGAAAUGUGAAGAAUUCACCUGGGAAUAAGUAGACUGCUCCAUGGCUCUGCGCAUUUUAAUCAGUUAUAGGUAAACAUUGGAAACUCCAUGUGGUAAACCAGUAUUUCUACAGAAAAAAUGGCAAAGAAGUCAGUACUGAAUGUAGUAAAUUGGCUUUCUUCUUCAGGAAAAACUAAACGAGACUUCUUUGUUAUCUUGGGUGAUACCAUACUCCAAGUGGACUAAUUGGAAAUCUUUUCACCUAGAGAUAAUGUCCAGCCUUAGAGCUCGUCACUCUCAUGUUGCUAUUUAUAUACAUAAUUAAAAUUCCAAGUUAAAAAAAUUGUUCUGCGUUUUU